GGAGAUGGCCUUUGCUUCUCAGAUGUAAUGCACUUUCCGUUUUUUAUUCAACAGUGAAAAUGAGUCAUACAGAGGUUAAAUUAAAAAUACCUUUUGGAAAUAAAUUACUGGAUGCUGUUUGCUUGAUACCUAACAAGAGCGUAACAUACGGAAUAAUUCUUACACAUGGAGCGUCAGGAGAUAUGAAUCUUCCUCACCUGAUGUCACUAGCAUCACAUCUUGCAUCUCAUGGGUUUUUUUCCCUGAGAUUUACCUGCAAAGGCCUUAAUAUUGUACAUAGAAUUAAGGCAUAUAAAGCAGUUUUGAAUUACCUGAAGACCUCAGGAGAAUACAAACUUGCAGGUGUUUUCCUUGGAGGUCGUUCCAUGGGCUCAAGAGCAGCUGCUUCUGUCAUGUGUCAUGUUGAGCCAGGUGAAGCUGAUGGUUUUGUUCGGGGUCUCAUUUGCAUUUCUUACCCACUGCACCAUCCAAAGCAGCAGCAUAAACUCAGAGAUGAAGACCUCUUUCGUCUAAAAGAUCCUGUACUGUUUGUAUCAGGCUCUGCAGAUGAAAUGUGUGAAAAGAACUUACUGGAGAAGGUGGCACAGAAAAUGCAAGCUCCCAAUAAGAUCCACUGGAUUGAGAAGGCAAACCAUUCCAUGGCAGUGAAAGGACGGUCAACAAAUGAUGUUUUCAAAGAAAUAAAUACACAGAUUUUGUUUUGGAUCCAAGAAAUCACUGAAAUGGACAAGAAAUAAUUAGGUUAAAGCCAUGUUAUUUUGAAUACAAACAGUUAAUUUGAUAAAUAACAAUAUACCUCUCAGCAUUGAGAUAUAUUUCAGACUAAUGUUCUUUAAUGUUGCCCUAUUUUUGAAACACAUUUUAAUUGUGAAAUUAAUAUACUUUACAGAUGUCUUUGAAAGUACUGUUAUAGUUGUAUGAAGAUGAUGUACAAAUAUUGAAGGUGGUCUAAAUAUAAUUUAUUUUUAUUAGUAUAGUUAAGUUUUGAAAAGAUUAAACAUUUGAAUUUUGUUACAGUGGUGCUUUUGUCUUACUUGUAUGAGAAAGUACUCCAGUUUUAUGCAGUAGUGUCACCUUUGAAAGAGGGGUAGGAACUGGGAUUGUUACUCGGUGGGAGAGUACUUGACCUAGCAUGCACAAGGCCUUGUUUGAAUUUCAAGCACUGCCAAACAAAAACCAAAUCUGCUAUAUUAAAUCUAAUCAGAGAUUUAUAGAAUAUAUUCAUCUCUUCACCUCAUCUUUUAAAGAAUCUCAAGGGAGAAGAGUGGUGAUAUAUUUCAAAUAUGGGAUACCAAAAACUGCUUUUAGAAUGAAGUAAUAGCUUUCAAGAAGAGUUUACUGAAGUCCCAUUAGAGGAGAAAUAUCAUUCAGUUUACAAAGAUGAGUAAACACUUGGAAACUAACAACAUGGUAUGCGAAAUUCAUGGGUAGCCACUCUGCAAUUAAGGGGAGAAUUAAUGGCUAAAUAGUACGACUAAUGUGCUGUAUCUAAGCAGAGUUAAGGCUUAAUUUUAUCUCGGGAAAUUUGUUUCCUGAACUGAACUUUGCAUAGUACUGAGUUAUAUAUAAAAAACUGAUGCAUCCUAUAAAGUACACAGGAUGAUGAGACCGAUGCUAAAUAAAGAAGUUUGUAAUAAAGAA